CCGGAAGUGACGUAACAAGGCACGCGUGGCGCCGGCCGGCGUUUCCGCAAACAGAAUCGUGGAUGUCUGUGUGGUUUUGCUGUCAGUUCAAGUAACCUGAAAUGGAAAGCUCUGCAAAAACAGAAAAAUAUGAAAAGAUGUCUUUUGACAAGGCAAAAGUGUCCAUAGAUUCUGAAACAGAAUCUCCUCCAAGUGUUAACGAAUCCAUUGCUGCAUCUGGGCCAAGGCUUUCUGAGAAGACUGCUACAUGCCAGCCAAAAGUCAGGAAAGAGUUUGAAGGUGGUCUUGUGGAGGAAAAUUCGAGUUGUGUGGAGGACUCCCCAUCUAAGAAAAGAAAACUCGAUGUUGAAAAUGAGGAAAAAUGCUCUGAUGAUGAUGGAGGUGUUUCAAAGAAAAGGAAACUGGAAGGGGGUGAUGUUUCCGAAGAUGAGCCUUCCUCUGGAGAGAUCACCCAGAGAAAGAGAAAACUACAGUCCGAGGACGUUGCAGAAAAGCGGAAAAAGCUGGAGGAAGGACACAGCUCUGCCGUUGCUGCCCACUAUAACGAGCUUCAGGAAGUGGGUUUGGAGAAGCGCUGUCAGAGUCGCAUUUUUUACCUAAGAAACUUUAAUAAUUGGAUUAAAAGUAUCCUUAUUGGGGAAUUUCUAGAAAAGGUACGACAAAGGAAAAAUCGUGACAUCACUGUUUUGGACCUAGGAUGUGGAAAAGGUGGAGAUUUGCUCAAGUGGAGGAAGGGGAGAAUUAGCAGGCUGGUGUGUGCUGAUAUUGCUGAUGUUUCCAUGAAACAGUGCCAACAGCGUUAUGAAGACAUGAAAGGUCGUCGUGAUAAUGAAUCUAUUUUUAAGGCAGAAUUUAUAACUGCUGACUGCUCAAAGGAACUUUUGGUUGAAAAAUUUCAUGAUCCAGAAAUGCGCUUUGACAUCUGCAGUUGUCAGUUUGCUUGCCAUUACUCCUUUGAGUCCUCAGAGCAAGCUGAUAUGAUGCUCAGAAAUGCUUGUGGAAGGCUUAUCCCUGGGGGCUAUUUUAUUGGUACCACCCCCAAUAGCUUCGAACUGAUAAAACGCCUAGAAGCUUCAGAAACAGAAUCAUUUGGAAAUGAAAUAUACACUGUGAAAUUCCAGAAGAAAGGAAGUUAUCCUUUAUUUGGCUGCAAAUAUGACUUCAACUUGGAAGGUGUUGUGGAUGUCCCUGAAUUCUUGGUCUAUUUUCCAUUGCUAACUGAAAUGGCAAAGAAGUACAAUAUGAAACUAAUAUAUAAAAAAACAUUUCGGGAGUUCUAUGAAGAAAAGAUUAAGAACAAUGAAAACAAACUGCUCUUAAAACGAAUGCAGGCCCUGGAGCCAUACCCUGCAAAUGAUAACUCUAAACUAGCCUCUGAAAAGGUCGGUGACUACGCACAUGCUGCCGAGUACAUGAAGAACAGUCACGUAAGGUUUCCUCUGGGAACCUUAAGUAAGUCAGAAUGGGAAGCUACAAGUAUCUACUUGGUCUUUGCCUUUGAGAAGCAGCCGUGAGCAGUUAGUCGCCUCCGAGCAGCACUCCAUCCUUACAGAUGGAACAGACCAUCUCAGAUACAUUUGACAGCUGUUUGUUUAUUUACUAGUAAGUUCUCAAUGUGUAGGAUGCUGCCAACAAGUCCAGUGUAUAGAUUUGACACUGUCUGUGACAGGUUAGCAUUGUGUGUGUGUGUGUGUGUGUGUGUGUGUGUGUGUAUACAUAAGAAUGCUUUGUCUUUAAGAUCUAUUUUUGUGUAAUAGUCUAAGAAUUGGUUCCCUGUGCUAUGGAAACUAUAACAAAGCAUGUCAGAGCACCUGACCUCUCCCCAGUGCUGUGAUUGCUGAGUGUGUUUACAGAGUUGAUUUUACAACAGCUGUAGACUUGUCAAAGGAGUGCCAGCUUGCCACCGUGCACUCCAAGUUUUGUUACAGUGUUUUUCGGUAUGAAAUGGAUUGUGUUCUCUACAUUUGAAUGUAAGUGUUCAAUUAUAUAUUGCUAAAGUUAUAAGAUUAAAACUUGAUUUUAGAUUGUUAUUAAGAGCUACCUGGCUAGAUUUUGACUGUGUUUCAAUAAAAUAACUGUUUGCUUAUACUAUGAAAUUCUGAGACUCUAUAGAAGAUUUUAGAUGGCAGCAUAGAGAUAUUGUGGGAUGGUUUGGUAUUCUAUUAAAAAUUUCCUACCGUAGAAAUUAAUAUAUCCAAUUAUUGAGAUUAAUUAAGGUACUUUUAACUUUCUUCAUUGGACAAUGAAGAAAUGGUUAGAUUUUCUUAAGAUUUGUGAAAAUGCCAUGUCAUAGUCCUGUUACAUAUUUUCUUCAGUGCAUGUAUGCAAGUGCAAGCAGGAGGUGUGCCGUGAGGGAAGGAGGUAGACUUCAGAUGGAUCCUCACCAAUAGGAGACCUCAGUUAGAUGUGUGCAUCUUUCCCAAUCCCAAACAAGCAAGCCACGCUCUUUUCUUCCACCAUUGGUAUUCACACAGCAGAGCCCACUGUCUGAUUGUCAUUCAGACAUGCUUUUGUUGAGGCAUAUAUCGUAUAGAGGUUGGCAUGGCUGCCUUCCAAGUAUUUACUUGCUCUCUCACAACCAAUAAAAUUGUCAUUAAGUUGUCAAUUGUAGAAUUGACUUUUAGAACUGAUGCCUGUGUGAACUGCUAUUGUAUAUUUAAGAAAUUUGACAGCCUUUAGAUACAUCAAGAAACUUGAAAGCAAAUAGAAUUAUAUUUUCUUUUAAAAAUCAUGUAUUUAAAGGACACUUUACAAAGAUCAUUCUUUCUAUAAAAAUCUAUAGUACUUGCUUUAAAAGUAAGCUUUGGGCUGGAGAGAUGGCUCAGCAGUUAAAGAGUUCUGACUGCUCUUGUAGAAGACCCAUAUUCAGUUACCAGCACCCACAUGGCAGCUUAUAACUGUCUCUAACUCCAGUUUUUGGGGCUCUGACACCGGUUUUGGUCUCCAUGGGUACCAGGCAUGCACAUAGUGCAUAUACAUACAUGCAGGCAGAAUACUCAUACAUACAAAAUAAAAAUAAUUAUUAAAAAAUUAAAAGCAUAAUCAGUUUAUAUAUUGCCACUGCUCAUAGUAUUAGAGAGUACAUUUUGUGCAGGGUUUGGGGUGUGGGAAUGAAAGUUCUUGCUCUUAGAAAUUUAGGCUCAUUUUAUCCCUGGGGAAGACACUACUAAGUAUUUUGAUAGCUUAGCAGGUUGGGAAAGCUUUGUCACAAUUCAUGAUUUUAGUUAAUAGGUAAUUCAUCAAUUUUUAGUCUCUUUCUGUCCUUUCCUUUCCAUUCCAUUCCAUGGGUUGUUUUUAGGAGAGAAGAAUUCCUCAAAGGGUGGAGUUAUUGAUGGCUAUCCGAAGCAACAAGAAGAGAAAUGUGGAGUUCCUAGGCCCUUUGCUGAGGAAUCAUAGAGAACUGGACUGGGUCUGAGAUGGGCUCUAGUUGUUAUACCUACUGUCAUAGACAUAGGAGAUUCCCAUGAGGCCACUCUGCAGGAAACAGUUCAAGCAGCUGCCUUUUUCUUUUUGUGUUGUUUUUAUCUGUUCAGCCUCAAUCCCUACACUGCUCCUUGCUGAAGUUAAAUGACUCAAGAUGAAUUCUUGAGGACAAGAAUGGGAAGGUGGCAUUUGCCACUGUUUUAUCAACAAAUGAGACUUUUUUUUUUUCCCAGCAGACUUGGAACCUACAUGCUUAAUUUUGUCAGGAUUUGUAGUACCUCAUGAGAAAGGCAUGACUUUUCAUUACAGAAUCCAGGAAGAGUCCCUUAUUUCGGGCUCAGUGGUGGGAAUGGUUCAGAGGAACUGUUCAGACACUCCCAAGCUUGCCACACAGGUGUCCUCCAAGGUUGAGUUUCAGAAUGAAGAUGAGUGGCUGGAGACAUGACUCAGAGUUUAAGAAUGCUUGCUACUCUUUCAGAGGACUGGAGUUUGGUUCCCAGCAUACACAUCAGGUGGCCCCACAACUGUUUAAUUCCAGCUGCAGGGACUUCCAACACUCUCUUCUGGGUUCUGCUGGCACCUGCACACAUGCACAGACGUGCACACACAUAAAAUAAAAUAAAUCUUUAGAAAUGAAGAUCAUGUGGGCCUGAGAAUGACACAACUUGAACUGGAGAUAGUUGGCUUGGGGACAAAUCUGCAUUGUAGUAGGACCCGAUGCUGACAUGGAAUUAUUUGGGUCUAGAAUUUACUUGGGGAAGCACUCUCAUGUAUACAGUGUUUAUGGAGAGAAAUUGAGGAGUUGUCAGUCUCUACCAAUCCUCUGGUGGCUUAACCUAUCCAGAGAGCCUCAAGCCUGCUGGAGCUGACUCAUGCACCUCUUCAGUGCCCCUGAGCUCCUCACAGACUGACUCUCGGUAAGAGAAGAGUCACUUACGCGUGAUGACUGAAUGCCAGAGAGAGGAUACAGACUUUCUCAAGACCAAAGCAUAACAUACAUACUCACUUCCAAGGGUGGAACAGGUGAGUCCUACAGCCUGGGUUGUUAGUUAUUGAGGCAUUUAGGUGUGUUAAUUCCUCAGUAAGGUGCCCCAGUAAAUAGGGUGCCUGGUAGGAAACAGACUAGCUCAUCUUCACAGUGUGGAGACCUGGUCUUCUAACCAGACUUGUGGGAUCUAUAUACACUGCAGGUGAUGGUGUUCCUCCAGCUUUACUGUGUGGAUGUAUCAGUACCAGAGUCUCUAAGAGAAGAUACAGAAAUGAUGCUUUAGUGUCAGUUAAAUACGUAGACCUAAUUUUGUGGAUUUGCUUGUUUAACCUCUGUUGAAGUGUUAUAUCUAUACAGGCAGCCGGAUUCCUCACAGAACAUGCAUGAAUUCAUAAGCCAGAAGCUGGAGCCUCCCUUCCACUCACUGCUGUCCCAUUCACAACCACCAUCCGGUUCUAAGCAAAAAUCUUGUUUCAUCUGGCUUGGAAUAUGUGAAUGAAAUUAAAACUACAUUCUUUAGCUUUCACUUGUCAGUGUUGAUGAGAUUCUUAUUCUCAACAGUUGUGCAUUGUUCUCACGAUUGUACAGUAUUCCCUUGUGUGAAUAAACAACAUUAUCCAAUGGUGUUUUGGUUCAUUU